AUUUUACAUAUACCUUACUAAAACACUCUUUGACUAAAAAACUUAAAACUAUAAUAGUACCUAUCUUGGGGAACAUAGAGGUUGAAGGUUACACACACCUAAAUCCUAAAUGUUGCAAUCUAUUGUUAACUAAAGAAAGAGUAGAAUGCAUUCAUCUAUUGGAAAAGCCUUUGAACUUUUCUGUUUUCUUGUUAUUUUAAUUGUUAACCAUGUGUGUUGGAUCCAGGCACAAGGCAACUCCGAUGUGAAUUCUACAGCAGUGAGCAGAUCUACGGAUACAUUUCUUUCUUCUACAAGCUUACCUGUGGAGACAGCCUUCACGUUUCCAUCGGCUUUACCUGUCAUCCCUUCGGGUGGUGGAAAUUUUGGGAAAGGAAGGAUAGAUCUCGGAGGUCUUGAGGUGAUCCAAGUCUCCAUCUCAACCUCAACAUCACAAAGAGUAUGGAGGACAUACGAGGGAGGUCCCGACAACAUGGGGCUCUCUAUCUUCCAACCAAUCAAUCUUCCUCCCAGCUUCUCCACUCUUGGCUUCUAUGGGCAACCCAACAACCGCCUGCUUUUUGGGUGGGUUCUUGCUGCAAGAGACGUGUCUGGAAAUAGCUUGAGGCCACCCGUUGACUACAUUCAAGUCAUAAACACUACAUCAAUGAAUAUCAACCAAGAAGGGGCUGCUUUUUUUUGGCAGCCCCUAUGUCCCAAUGGAUAUCAAGCGGUUGGUCUAUAUGUCACUACUUCUCCUAUAAAGCCAUCUUUAAGUCAAGAAUCUAUAAGCUGCGUUCGAUCCGAUCUUACGGAACAGAGUGAAACCGAUACAUGGGUUUGGGGGACAGAAGAAAUGACUCUGUCUAGUUUGAGACCGGCCAACAGAGGAACAGAAGCAACAGGUGUACACACAGGGACAUUCAGCUGCCAGCCAUUGAACAUCCCUCCUCCCCCUCCUCUGUUUUGCUUGAAAAACACAAAAUUUGACUUGUCUAGCAUGCCAAGCCAUAAUCAAACUACCGUUUUGUUUCAAUCGUAUUCUCCUUGGAUAUAUUUGCAUCCAGAUGAAGAUUUUAUUUCUUCCUCUGUCGACUGGUUUUUCUCCAAUGGUGCCCUGUUAUUCCAGAAAGGCAACGAAUCCAACCCCGUCCCUGUGCAACCGGACGGUUCAAACCUUCCGCAGGGCGGUUCGGAUGAUGGUUUAUUCUGGUUAGACUAUCCGGCUGAUAAGAACGCAAAGGAAUGGGUUAAGAGGGGAGACUUAGGACACACGAAAGUGUAUCUACACAUCAAACCAAUGUUUGGAGGCACUUUCACUGACAUUGUCGUGUGGAUAUUCUACCCUUUCAACGGUAACGCCCGCCUCAAGUUUUUAUUCUUCAAGAGCCUGUCGCUGGGGGAUAUCGGCGAACAUAUUGGAGACUGGGAACAUGUUACGUUGCGCAUCAGCAACUUCAACGGAGAGUUAUGGCGAGCAUACUUCUCUGAGCACAGUGGGGGAACUCUAGUGGAGGCAUGCGAUCUUGAGUUUCAAGGUGGAAACAAACUUGUGAGCUACUCGUCUCUUCACGGACACGCAAUGUUUUCAAAACCAGGACUUGUGUUGCAAGGCGAUGACGGAAACGGCAUAAGGAACGACAUGGCAAGAAGUAACAAAUUCUUUGACGCAGGUGUUGCUUAUGAGCUGGUUGCAGGACCGGGGAUUCAGGAGCCACCGUGGCUCAACUAUUUCAGGAAAUGGGGACCACUUGUCCCACAUGACAUUCAAAAGAACCUUGAAGGUAUCGCAAAGUCAUUGCCGGGACUUUUGCGGAAAAAAUUCAGAAAUCUGAUUAACAAAAUCCCUCGUGAAGUGCUUGAAGAAGAUGGUCCCACUGGACCCAAAGUCAAAAGGUCUUGGACCGGUGAUGACUAAUUUUUCAUUCAUGUCUGAUUAAGGUUAACAAUUUAUUACAAUUGGGUACACUUUUCUUUAUUUAGUUAUUACAUAUUACAUCUCAGUUUUUGCCCAAAAAAAAAAAGUUAUUACAUCUCAUUUUUUCAAGAAUUAAAGAUUGGCAUAAGUGUUUUUUAAAAAGGACUCGAACCCAAAAAUAAUAAUUAAUAUUAUAUGG